GCGUGGCCUGGCAUCCUCGCGCGCGGCAAGCCACUCUGACCUUCGGCGCUCCUUCCGGCUCCCUCGCGGUUCCGCCAUGGCGCAGGCCGCGCAGAGGCUGCUCAGGACCGUCUCCGCCAAGGGACCGCAGCUGCUCUCCGCUGCUGCAACCUACUCAAGGCCUCGGCUGGACACUUUCUUAUACUACGCCAAAGUUGAGCUGGUCCCUCCAACUCCCGCUGAAAUUCCUAAGGCCAUUGAGAGCCUGAAAACAUUGCUGAAGAGCUACCAGACUGGGCGCUUUGCACAACUCACAGUCAAGGAAGCUCUGAGGAAUGGUUUGGUGGCUACUGAAGUACUGAUGUGGUUUUACAUUGGUGAAAUCGUAGGCAAACGUGGCCUGAUUGGAUAUAAUGUCUGAAGAAGUUUCUUCUUUUGAUUCCUAGUAGUGUCUUGAUAACAUUAAAUUAUGACACUGAGAUUAAA